AGCUACCCUAGCUGGAGCCAGGAGUACCCGCUGCCCCUGUUCUAAAAGAAGUGGACGGAGGAGACCCACAGCUGUCCUCCUUGUUGUAGUCGCUAAUCGGGUGCGACCGCGAACGCCAUGGCUUCCGACGGCAUGGAUGAACGUUCUCCGUUGUUGUCAGCCCCCAAUUCGGGGAAUGUCACACCCACAGCACCGCCGUACCUGCAGGAUAGCAGUCCAAGAGCUGAGCUACCUCCUCCCUACACAGCCAUAGCGAGUCCCGAUGCAGGGGGAGUGCCGGUCAUUAACUGCCGCGUCUGUCAGUCGCUCAUUAACCUGGACGGCAAGCUUCAUCAGCAUGUGGUCAAGUGCACUGUCUGCAACGAGGCCACGCCCAUCAAAAACCCUCCAACUGGAAAGAAGUACGUGAGAUGUCCCUGCAACUGCCUGCUUAUCUGUAAAGACACGUCAAGAAGAAUAGGGUGCCCCCGGCCCAACUGUAGACGCAUCAUCAACUUGAGCCCAGUGAUGGUGAUCCCGGAGGAGCAGCCGGCGCAGCCUGCCUUACCCGUGCAGCCCGAAGGCAUGCGUGUGGUGUGUGGUCACUGCGGCAACACGUUCCUGGGCAGUGACGACGCCCCGGCAUCCCAGCAUGCAUCUGACCUCCCUGCAGAGGGCUCCUCCUCUUCCUCCAAGAGCUCUCAGUGGAUGGAGCUGCGCUUCAACACUUUAGCCAAGUGCCCACACUGCAAAAAAAUAUCCUCUGUGGGCAGUGCCCUUCCUCGGAGGCGCUGCUGUGCCUACAUCACAGUGGGCAUGAUCUGUGUCUUUAUUGGCGUCGGACUGACGGUGGGGACUCAGGAAUUCGCCAGUCGCUACCAUGCUACCUAUGUUUCUUGGGCCUUCGCUUAUCUUUUGGGUCUGAUCUGCCUCAUCAGAGCCUGCUACUGGGGUGCCAUCAAAGUCAGCUAUCCCGAGAACACCUUUGCAUAGACCGGGAGCCAUCCGAAGACCCCACUGUUUAAGUUGUCAGUCUGGUCGGACAUGCGCAGGUAUAUGAACUCACAUUGUCAGUCCAGGUAACACGGAGUCAUGAAUGAUCCACUUCAGGUUCUUUACAGUAGAGCAAUCUGAAAAUAAUCUGAAAAUUGUCCUCAGUGUUAAUUACUUAAAGAAUAACUUGUGAAAUUGAUUGUAGUCUUAAAAAAAAAACAAUGAUCCAUUGAUUACAUACGUAUUGAAGUGUCUGAAUCACCUGUAAUAUUAAUUUGGAGCUGCAGCGCCAUCUGGAUUUGGCCCGCCUGGACCUAAAGACCCCUGCCCAACGGACUCGUACACAUUCUAAGAACUCCGUUUUUGUUACUGACCAGACCAAAUGAGGCUCUCUUUAUUAUCAAAUUGCCCAUUGCACUACAAUUUUAUGCAAUUCUUUUGUUCAGUUGCUGCUAGGUGAAACAGCUACGGAAAGCUGAAAAGUCCUUAUGUAUUGUGAUUGAUUAUCCAAUGCUUACGACCGCGGUACAUUAAAAGAGAAAAAAGGUAUUGUAAAUGUCCCCAAGGUAUUUUAAAAGUCAUUCAAUAACUGACUGUGUAAGUGUUUUUGUGCCAAUUUCGCCAACAAAAUGUCCGUUCUGAGCAGAUCCUUGCAGGGAGACUGUUCAUUUUAAAAAGUGACAUGCCAUACAUAGGCUUACUUUUUUGCAUUCACUGUGAGUCGAGUUAUUUGUUUUCAUGAACUUCAUAAUGGCAAGUUCUCUUGUAUUUACACCUCAUGAUUCUAUCUGCCUUCAUUACUGACAGUAUUAAAAAAAUUAUGCUGCAUAGAAUGAUCAUGAUUGCAUGAUUAUUAUUUUUUUUAAUUUUUUUUUUUUUAAAGUACACAUGUAUAAACACCAGUGUUAUUUUAAUUGUUUCCUUUUAGGCACUGAAAUGGUACCACUGCUGUCAUAUGUCCCUGCUGUGUGUAGACAGUAAAAAGCCUCCCCGCUUCUUGCCUGUUUCCUAAAUCCAGUUGAAACCUUGCUAGCUAGACGCAGAGUAGAUCAGCGUUCUGUUGAGAUCAACGGGCACAACAACUGUAUCUAAUCUUGUUCUGAAUGUGAUGAACUGAAGCUCUUUGUACAUAGUUAUUUCAGCACAUUGAAACUGUAGCUUGAGUUGAAAUACUGCUUGGGUCUUUUUGAAAAUGAUAAUUUACCAAUAAAAUUAGAAAAUAACUUG